AAUUUAAAGUGUAGAGGAAAAAUAUACGGAAGCACCAAACACAACAACGAUUCAGUGGGAAGUCCUACCUGUCAUUAUUUUGUAUUUUGGGGAAGGCGUUUUAGAGGAACACGCUUAAAAUAAUGAAGUUGUGCAAUUCUAUACAUACCAACUUACGAUCACCUGUAUGACAAUGUUCGGCAAAGCGCCUGGCUACAAGUACAACCCUCUGGAGAAGAGCAGUCCUGGGGGUGACUCUCAUGGGUUAUUCAGUGGCAGAGAUCAGCAGCCCUACCACAACAAAGUGCACUCCUUUGACUACAUCCCGAAGAUAAUAGACAACGACUUCUCUGAUUCCUCCCAAGGAUGGCUGUCAUGGAUUUGCAACAUGAUUGUCAUAUUCCUGGCCUAUAUCUGCACGUUCAUAAGCUUCCCCAUAUCAGGAUGGUUUGUCCUCAAAACGGUUCCUAACUACCAGCGGCUGGUGGUGUUCCGUCUGGGCCGGGUCUGUCCCCCCAGGGGUCCUGGCGUUGUUCUCCUUCUCCCUCUCAUCGACCAAUGGCAGAGGGUCGACCUCCGCACGCGCGCCUUCAACAUACCUCCAUGCCAGGUCACAACACGGGAUGGGGGCAUUAUGCUGAUGGGAGCCGACAUUCAGUUCCGGAUCUGGAACCCGGUCAUGUCGGUGGCGUGCGUCCAGGACCUCAACGCCUCCACCAGGCUGACCGCGCAGAACGCCAUGACCCACAGCCUGAGCAAGAAGACGGUCCGCGAGGUCCAGGGGGAGAGGCUCAAACUGGAAGAAUACCUCGGGGUGGACAUCAACGAGAUGACGCGGCCCUGGGGGCUGGAGGUGGACCGGGUGGAGCUCACCCAGGGCGCCGUGCUGAAGCCCCCGGACGAGGCCUCCACGGGGGGCUUCAUCCUGCCUCCGUCCGUGCCUGGCCUGGAGGGCUUGGAGGGCCUGGCGGGUCCCAUUCAGCAGCUUGCCAUGCAUUUCAUGGGCCAGGGUGGGGCUCCACCGCCCCAGACGGGUUCCCCAGGGGACAGCGUCGCGUUCACGGAUGAGGUGAGCGGCGCAGCUCCGGCCGUGAGCCCAGCCGGGUCGGUGGAUCAGCUGCUGGGGGUGGUCCGGCUGCUGCUCUCUGAAAGCCUGGUCAACAGGGUGGGGGCCUGCUUCCAUUUCCGGAUCAGCUCCAGCGACGGAGAGUGCAAGAGCUACUAUGUGGACCUGAGUCAAGGCGCCGGCGAUGCAGGGCUUGGGGCUCCUCUGCGGGAGCCGGACGUGACUCUGAGCAUCAGCGACAGCGACCUGCUGGCCCUGUUCGAAGGCAGCCUCCGGCCGUACGGAGCGUACGCCAGCGGGAGGCUGCGGGUCGAGGGCGACCUCAACACCGCCAUGAGGCUGGAGGAGCUCAUUAAGCUGUUCAGGGCUUAGCUGUUUCUAACCGUUUUAUUCCUCCUGCUGUUUAUUCAGCUGGGAUUGUUGUGUUCGACUCUUGGCGGAACGUGACCUUACUUUGUGAGAAGCCUAUUUAUCAUGUCUUUAUUUAUCUUUCAAUUCUCCGCUAACUUUGACUGAACUUUGUUAAAUAAAAUUGAAAAACAUAAAUGUC